AUGGACGCCAACAUCAAUGGGGCCCUGGCACAGGAGGACAAGGGCUUGGUGAUUGUGGCGACUGCCUGGUCGACGACGGCGGUGGCGCUGCUGCUGAUGGGGCUUCGGUUCUGGGCCAAGGUGGCACGGUCCGAGGGCGGGCUGUGGUGGGACGACUACAUCCUGCUCGUGUCGUGGGUGUGCAUGUACGCGACGGCGCUGGUCAACAGCAUCAUGGUCUCGCUGGGCAGCGGCAAGCACAUAUUCGCGGUGGGCCCGAGCCGGCUGGGCGACCUCACGCUGCUGGCCAACGUCGCGGGCACGACGUCCAUCCUGGCGGCGCAGCUGAGCAAGACGUCGUUCGGCAUGACGCUGCUGCGCAUCGCCACGGACCGCCUGACCAGGGUGCUGGUCUGGUUCGCCAUCGUCACCAUCAACCUCGCCAUGACCGCCAACCUGCUGAGCCAGUGGUUCCAGUGCAACCCGCCCGCCAAGGUCUGGAUGCCCAUGCUGCCCGGCGACUGCUGGAGGGCCGAGCAGUCCAUCAUGUCCAUCGUCAUGGCCGCCUACUCGGGUGCCAUUGACAUCAUGCUGGUCUUGGUGCCGUGGAAGAUUGUCUUGUCUUUGCAGAUGAGGCUCCCCGAGAAGAUAGGCAUCGCCUCGGCCAUGAGUUUGGGUGUGUUUGCUGGAGUGGCCGCCUGCGUCAAGGCAGCAUACAUACCCGGUUUGGCUGCUGGUGAUUUUACCUUCGCCGCCUCCGAACUCCUCAUCUAUUCGUACCUCGAGAUCGGGCUCAGCAUCAUAGCAGCAUCCAUCCCGGCCCUUCGCGUCCUGGUCCGCGACAAGAUCAGGUCCACCCGCAAGGGAUACUCGAACGGCACACAACCAACCCAGCAGAGCAGGUUGGACACGACGCAAGAGACGCAAAAGUAUGUGCUCCAGGGAGGGCAGAUACACAGGCGAGAUUCGUUUUCUGUUUCAUAUGUAUGA